AUGGAAAAAUAUUUUAAAAGAAAGUCAAUUGCUGAGAUAUCUCAAUUUUAUUCGGGUGUCAAUGAUCAUGAAAACCAACCUUUUUCAAAGAAAAAUUGUUUCGAAGUUGGCUUGGAAAAUCUUUCUUUUGAUCCUGGAUUUCGACCAAGAAUUACGUUUUAUCAUCCUAAUGUUCGAGACCAAGUCAGACUGCGUUAUCUACAAAAGGGUCCUUGUCAACCUCUCAACCAUAAGUUUCCCAAAUCAAAAUCUGGUGAUCAUGAAUGGAGUUUCCAACGUUCUUGGUUUGACAAAUAUCCUUACUGGUUGGAAUAUAGUGUUGAGAAUGAUGCUGCAUAUUGUUUAUGUUGUUAUCUUUUCAAACCAGAUAAAGGUGAGCAAAGUGGCGGUGAUUCUUUUGUUCUUGAUGGGUUUCGCAAUUGGAAGAGACUUGAAAAAUUUAAAUAUCAUAUUGGAGGUCCUAAUAGCUAUCAUAAUCAAGCUGUGAAAAAUUGUCAAGCUUUGAUGAACCAAAAGCAGCAUUCACCUAGACGUAGGGAUAUUCUUAAUGAGAAACAAGCUUUGAAGGUAAAAAAAGCUAUUGAAAGUGGUGAGCUUUCAAUAGGGCAAGUGCUUGAGGAUCUUACUGAAAAUUCUGAUAAUAGAGUUGAAGCAAGUGAUUUGGUGGAUUAUAUGACUUCUUUUGAUUUUGCUUUUAACUUGCACAUGAUGAAAAACAUUUUGGGAAUCACAUUUGAACUUUCACAAGCAUUGCAAAGGAAGGAUCAAGAUAUUAUAAAUGCUAUGUCUUUGGUUCACUUGUCAAAAAGAAGAUUAUUGUUGAUAAGAAAUAACGGAUGGGAUAAUCUACUUGAUGAAGUUUCUCAUUUUUGCAUUGCUCAUAAUAUAGAUAUGCCAAAUAUGCAAGAGAAAUUUGUUGCACGAGGGAGAUCGCAGCGUAAUGUUCAAGAGAUGACAAAUUUAUUUCAUUAUCGUGUUGAGUUGUUCUAUGCCAUAAUAGAUUUGCAACUAUCAGAGCAUAACAGUCGUUUUAAUGAAGGUAAUACAAAAUUACUUAUUUGCAUGACCUCCCUAAAUCCAAGUGAUUGCUUUCAAGCAUUUGAUAAGGGAAAAUUAGUUCGUUUUGCUCAAUUUUAUCUACUUGAAUUUUCUUCUACUGAUCUUAUGGCACUUGAACUUCAACUUCAACUUGAUAAUUACAUUGAUGAUAUGCGCUCAAAUAGUGAUUGUUCAAAACUAAAUGAUAUCACCAGUCUUGCUCAGAAAAUGGUUGAAAAGAAAAAGCAUCUUAUUUACUCAUUGGUAUAUUUGCUCAUCACAUUGGCUUUAACCUUACCAGUUGCAACUGCAAGUGUAGAAAGGGCAUUUUCUGCUAUGAAAAUUAUGAAGACUCAUUUACGCAAUCGGAUGGGAGAUCAAUUCUUGAAUGAUAGCCUAAUUCCAUAUGUUGAGAAAGAUAUAUUUGACAGUGUUGAUAAGGAGAUGGUCAUGCAACGAUUCCUCAACAUGAAGCCCUGCCGAGGACAAUAG